UUACAAUUCUAAUUUAAAAUCUCAAAUAAACAUUCAUCAAAAUCAUCACAAAAAUAGCUUUUUUAUACAACAUCUGCAACCAACUAAUAAUAUGCUAUCGCAACAAAAUCAUCAUAAUAAGUUUCAUGAAAAAAACGUUAACAAAAGUCAACUACAAAAAGACGACUUAACGAGUUUGAAUAGAAGAUUAUAUAGUCCUGCUGCUUCUGCUGCUGCUUUUGCCAAUAACACUAAAACAAAAUGCCCAGCAACACCAAUUGCUAAUAUUUAUUAUAAUAGCGACUUAAUUGAAGGAAACAAAUCCCGAGGAAGUGUUAGUGGUAAUGGUAGCAGCAAUGCGACAGUAUUAUCUGCACAAUUUCAAAAAGUAGCCAAUAGCAAUAAUAAUAAUCAAAUUUCAAAUCAAACAUUGCUGUCGCCAUCUAGCGGUCCAUCUCAAGAGACUCUUGUUCAGAGUGUGGGUUCAUCUCGUACCAACUCUUUACCCAGGCCGACAUCACCUUCACCAUCAACUGCCAGCGAUAGAAAUGAUGGAGAUAUGCAUGAAAAGCACGAAAGAGAAGAGGAGGAAAGAAAACAUCGUAUACAAUUGUACGUAUUUGUUUCGCGCUGCAUAUCUUAUCCUUUUAAUGCAAAGCAACCAACAGAUAUGACAAAACGACAACCGAAAAUUGGGAAGCAGCAACUUGAAGCAAUUACUCAACGAUUUCAAGCUUUUAUGAAAGGCGAAACUCAAAUAAUGGCGGAUGAAGCAUUUCAAAACGCUGUUCAAAGUUAUCACGAUGUUUUUUUGAAAUCUGAAAGAGUAGAAAAAAUGGUUCAAUCAGGCGCAUGUUCCCAACAUGAUUUCCGGGAAGUGUUUCGAAAUAAUAUUGAAAAACGCGUCAGAUCGUUACCCGAAAUUGAUGGGUUAAGUAAAGAAACAGUUUUGACAUCUUGGAUGGCAAAAUUUGAUAUAAUAUUAAAAGGAAGUGGUGAGGAGGACACUAAACGCCCAUCGCGCAUGCAACAAUCACUCAAUAGCGAGUUAAUUUUAUCAAAAGAGCAGUUAUAUGAUAUGUUCCAACAAAUAUUAAGUGUGAAAAAGUUUGAACACCAAAUAUUAUUUAACGCAUUAAUGUUAGAUUCUGCGGAUGAGCAAGCGGCAGCAAUUAGGCGUGAAUUAGAUGGUCGAAUGCAAAGGGUUAGUGAAAUGGAAAAAAAUCGUAAACUCAUGCCUAAGUUUGUCUUAAAAGAAAUGGAGUCUCUUUACGUGGAAGAGCUUAAGUCAUCAAUUAAUUUACUUAUGGCUAAUUUGGAAUCUUUACCUGUUUCGAAGGGCACAAUGGAUAGUAAAUAUGGUUUACAAAAACUGAAACGAUAUAAUCAUAGCACACCAUCAUUUCUGUAAGUAAAAAACAACUUUUUCUAAAUUAAAAUAUUC